CCUGUGAUAGCUGCAUGAAACAAAAGCAUUAGGCAAAGGAAAGAUAAAAGAUAAUGGAUGUUCGUUCACUCUCAAACGCCACCACCACCACCUCAUCCACCGUCUUUUCCUCACAUCGCCGCCGCCGUCACCAUUAUGCUCACCCUUCUCCCGCCAUAAUUCUCUUCUCGUUGAAGCCACCGUCUCCGCCGACGCCGUCUCGUUCAGAUUCUGAUGAUUCUUCCAGUUCAGACCCCUCGCUCUCCGGCCGCAUCCGUCGCCCCCAAACCCUAAAGACCACUUCCUCUCCUAAACGUACUACCUCCCAAGUUCCCUCUAACCCUCUCAGGAAUUUGGUCGGCUCAGCCUAUGUUCCUAUUCUUCCUCCGCCACCACCUCCGCCACCCCCUGUUUCCCACUCGCUCUCUGAAAAGCUUUGGCUCUCGAGUAAACUCUCGCCACCACCUCCCCCGAUUUCUGAGUUAUUGGAGGAAGACCGAAAUGAAAUUGAAGAAAUUGAAUCCGAUAAUUCUUCAAGUAAGGGGCGGAGAGAAGUUCAAUUCCGUCAAGAGGGUAAGAUUUUUGUCGGGAACUUGCCUAAUUGGAUAAAGAAGCAUGAGGUCCAAGAGUUUUUCCGGCAGUUUGGUCCUGUGAAGAAUGUGAUAUUGAUUAAAGGUCACAAUGCUGUGGAAAGAAAUGCAGGGUACGGAUUCAUCAUAUACGAUGGGCUAACUGCAGACAAGUCGGCCAUUAAGGCCGUUGAAUUUGACGGUGUGGAAUUUCACGGACGGGUUUUGACUGUGAAAUUGGACGAUGGGAGGAGGUUAAAGGAGAAGACGGAUGAGAGGGCGAGAUGGAUGGAGGGAGAUGACAGCGUGGAGUAUCGUUCCCAUUGGCAUGAAGAGAGGGAUAAAGCACGAAAUGGCCUUCGCAAGGUUAUUGAGACAGAGCCAGAGAACUGGCAGGCGGUUGUAUCGGCUUUCGAGAGGAUCAAGAAGCCUUCUAGGAAAGAGUAUGGUUUGAUGGUGAAUUACUACGCAAGGAGAGGUGAUAUGCACCGUGCACGUGAAACCUUUGAAAAGAUGCGAGCUAGGGGAAUAGAACCAUCGUCUCAUGUCUACACAAACCUUAUUCAUGCUUAUGCAGUUGGCAGAGACAUGGAAGAAGCACUAUCUUGUGUUAGAAAAAUGAAAGAAGAAGGCAUAGAAAUGAGCUUGGUAACUUACAGCAUUCUUGUGAGUGGAUUUGCCAAAACGGGAAAUGCAGAAUCUGCAGAUCACUGGUUUCAGGAGGCCAAAGAGAAACACUCUUCAUUGAAUGCAAUCAUUUAUGGGAAUAUCAUAUAUGCCUACUGUCAAAGAUGCAAUAUGGAUAAAGCUGAAGCUUUGGUAAGGGAAAUGGAAGAAGAAGGCAUAGAUGCUCCAAUUGACAUAUAUCACACCAUGAUGGAUGGCUAUACAAUGGUUGGUGAUGAGGACAAGUGUCUGCUUGUGUUUGAAAGAUUUAAGGAAUGUGGUUUGAAUCCUUCAGUCAUUACUUAUGGAUGUCUCAUUAAUCUUUACGCAAAGCUUGGGAAAGUUUCUAAAGCUUUAGAAGUUAGCAAAGAAAUGGAACAUGCUGGCAUAAAGCACAACAUGAAGACCUACUCCAUGUUGAUCAAUGGGUUCUUGAAGUUGAAAGAUUGGGCUAAUGCUUUUGCUAUUUUUGAAGAUUUGAUAAAGGAUGGUAUUAAGCCUGAUGUAGUACUCUAUAAUAAUAUCAUCACGGCAUUUUGUGGGAUGGGGAAGAUGGAUCGUGCUGUCUGUACUGUCAAGGAAAUGCAGAAGCAGAGGCACAAACCCACAACUCGAACAUUUAUGCCCAUCAUACAUGGUUUUGCAAGGAAAGGAGAAAUGAAGAAGGCGCUGGAUGUAUUUGAUAUGAUGCGGAUGUCUGGAUGCAUUCCAACUGUGCACACCUAUAAUGCUCUGAUUCUUGGUCUUGUUGAGAAGCGCAAGAUGGAGAAGGCUGAACAAAUACUGGAUGAGAUGACGUUAGCCGGUGUAAGUCCAAAUGAACACACGUACACAACCAUCAUGCAUGGUUACGCUUCUUUAGGCGAUACAGGAAAAGCAUUCACUUACUUCACUAAACUGAGGGAUGAGGGUCUGCAGCUUGAUGUUUAUACAUAUGAAGCAUUGCUCAAAGCAUGCUGCAAAUCAGGCAGAAUGCAGAGUGCAUUGGCAGUCACCAAGGAAAUGAGUGCUCAAAAUAUUCCAAGAAACACCUUUAUUUAUAACAUUUUAAUUGACGGAUGGGCUCGACGAGGCGACAUUUGGGAAGCAGCUGAUCUAAUGCAACAAAUGAAACGAGAAGGGGUUCAACCUGACAUCCAUACAUACACGUCCUUCAUUAAUGCUUGUUCCAAGGCUGGAGAUAUGCAGAGAGCAACAAAAACAAUUGAAGAAAUGAAAUCUGUAGGAGUGAAGCCUAAUGUUAAAACAUAUACUACACUGAUUAAUGGUUGGGCCCGUGCCUCAUUACCAGAGAAGGCACUAUCAUGUUUUGAAGAGAUGAAGCUAUCUGGGUUAAAACCAGACAGAGCUGUUUACCAUUGUCUGAUGACGUCGUUACUUUCGAGGGCCACUGUUGCACAUGGAUGCAUUUACCCUGGCAUUCUUUCUGUUUGUAGAGAGAUGGUUGAUUGUGAACUAACAGUGGAUAUGGGAACAGCAGUUCACUGGUCCAAGUGUUUGCUCAAAAUUGAGAGAACUGGUGGGGAGAUUACUGAAGCCUUGCAGAAGACCUUCCCUCCAAACUGGAAUGUGUAUAAUAAUACCCUCACUAACUCCAACAUAGACUCGGACGACGAAUCCGACAUAAGUGACGACGAGGAUGAUGACAUAUGCCAGGAGGGAGCAUCAUCUAAUGCUGGUGAUGAUGGUGAAAGCGAUGGCGAUGUAGUUGGCAGAUCAUGGUUUUGAGAGCCUGCAAAUAGAAUCCCACUGUUCAAUGGUUAGUAGUUUGGUUUGGCCCUACUACUUUAUUCACGGAGCCAACCAUUUGGGUUGAAAUUACAUUCUUUUAUGUAUAGGCUUUUCAAUUUGUAAUAGUUCCCUAUGUAAAUCUAUUGGGGUACUUCCUGUUUAAAAGACAGUACGCUAGUGGAAGGAACGGUGAAAACUGAAAACUUAAAAAGGGCAAAUCAAACUUGAGAGAUUCAAAGGUUUGAUUUGUUACUCAGAAGUGUAGGUUUUAACUAGUUUGACUAUGUGACCGAAUUGGUUAUAACAAAAUGGUAUUGAGAUUUAUCUUCCUAAGCUA